UUUGUUUUUAAUGAAAAUGAGUUUAAUGAUGGAUUAUUACUAUGGAAUAUGUUGAUGAAAUCAAGUGUUUAUUUAUUUAACUGACAUUAAAAAGUGAAUUAAUAUGUAUGAAAUAAUUGUAAAUAACCUUUAACUAUUUAACAACCAUAAAAAAUUUAGUUUAAAUGAAAUACUUUCUAUAAAUAUUCGUCAAUAUUAAAAUGAAUAGUAUAAGAAAAAUUGGGCGUCAAGUAUAGAGAAGUCAUUAUAUGUGAUAUACACUUAUUUGGAUUAAUAAUAAACUUAAAAAUUCAAUUAAACAAAAGUUGGCUAAAAGGAGAGUUAUCGUAUAUUGAACAAUAUGUGGCUUAAAUUCCAUGUAGACAAAAGGAUUACUAUAAUUAAGAACUACGUUAAAAUGUUUGUGGACUUUUGUUACUCUUCAACAUUUGAAAAUCACAUUCUUGAAUAAUCAAUCUACCGUGACCAAUUAACUAAUGGUCGUGAUUCAGACCAAUACACAUGAUAAUGUUAUGGAUGUAAUUCAGUCAGAUAAUAAUAAAACAAAAAAAGAAAUCAAUACUCAUCCUAAUAAUUCUACAUUUUAUGAUUCUAGUCAUUGUAUAACAACUAACAAUGUAUCCAGUCAAAAUUAUUCUACAAAUGAUAUAGACAAUCAAAUAUUGAUUGAUAACCAAAAUGAAUCGAGUUCACUUAAUAACAAUAAUGAAGAACUCUUAAUUGAUAAAUUAUAUAAACGAAGACAAUUGUUGUUACAACAUUUAUCUGUAGAACUACAGAAAUAUGAACAAUUAUGUUGGGAUGAAAUGGCGAUUACUGGAACCGUUCCACAUGAAUCAAAUUUUCUCUCCGAUCAUUUCAAUAUUCGAUGUAAUAGUGAAACAAGAAAUCCAAUAAUAUCUACUCCAAGUAAAUUGUUAGAUCCUCCAAAUAGUUCUUCAGCUGCAAAUAGAUCCAGAGGUAUAGCAGCACGGUUGAAAUUUCGUAAUUCACGUAGAUCAAAGAGUGCUCAUGAUAGAAUUCCUGAAUCUCCUCAAAGAUCAUUUCAUGUGAGAAACAAAACUGAUUUAUCACCUACUAGAAAUUCACUUACAGAUAAUCUAAUAGAUGAUAAUUCAGAAUCAAAAAAAUCAUGGAAAUGGUGGCGCUUAAAUAAAGAUACUGAAUUAUUUAAUAACGUACGUCGACGACAAUCAAUAGGACUGAUUGCAGAACAAUAUUUACGAUAUUUUACAAAUGACAAAAAUGGACAUUCACGUGGUGGUAGUCUACCACCGACUGAUAAUAACAUUAAUAAUAAUAUUUCUAAAAAUGAAGAAAAAAUACCAUCGGAAAAUCAAAAAAUCAAUGUUAGAAAAUCACUCCAACAAGAAGAUAUUUUAAAUAUCCUAAAUAAUCAUCAUCAAAGCAAUGGUGAAUGUAGUCAUGUUAAAACAGAUCCAGCAACUCCUGAUGGUCAUCUGAUUUUUUAUCAUAAAUCUUUUCAUCAGGAUCAAAUGAAGCAACAAAAACAACAACAACAGCGACCUCAUUAUCAAUUAAACGGAAAUUUCGCUCAUCAUGAGUCAUGCAUUCUAAUGCCAAGAUAUGUACCUGCAAAUGACUUACAACGAAUAAAUUGUAGUCAUCAAAGAAUUCGUCAUUUUAGUGGACAUCAGAUAAAUGAACAGCCAAUCUUCUUUAAUAAUCGAAAUAACCAGUUAUUGAGUGGAUAUAUUAAUCAGAAUAAUUUUGAUUCUUCCUACAAUCACCUUCAGACCUGGAACAAUACCAAAAAGCAAUCUUCUCAAGCGAAUAAGAUUUUAACUAAUCAUCAUGUUUUCUAUCGAUCCCCAUCCUCGUCAUCAUCCUCGUAUACAUCUCAAGCAAAAAAUCCCAAUGUAUUUGAACAUGCACCAAAUGCAUACUUUUAUUCUCUUCAGAGAAGGAAUCAUUCUUCAUCGAAUACAAAAGAACAUCCAUUUGAAGCACCAUGUAGUGUUUCUAUUGUCAGUGGUGGUACUAUGGCUCCAUUUAUUGUUACUUCUUCUCCAAGAGCUACCACUACUACUGCUACUGCUUCUACUACUAUUAUAUCCACUUUACCUUCGACUGCACCACCGAUACCUCCAAGAGCAUAUGUUCGUAGACCGAUUGUCUCGAAAAAUGGUACUAAGUUAAUAGAAGAAACUGUGUCAUCAGAUAUAAAUGACAAAAAAUUACUUGAUAUGAACAAAUCACAUAUGAUAGAAAAGCAGCAGUUUAGAGAAACUAAUAAAAAUAUUACAAAUAUAACUACACCUACUAUUACUACUUAUACUAACAAUAUGUGUAAACCAGUAGUAAAAAUAGCUGAAACUGCUAUGAAUUUGUUACAAUGUAGCUCACGAUGUUUUGAUGGAAAUGAUCAACAUCCUUAUUUUAAUUGUAUUAAUAAUCAACAGCAUUAUGUAAAACCUAAUAUCUUGUCAAAUAAUCAAAUUAAAGACAAAGUACCAUCAAAUCAUCCAGAUAAUAGUUUUCAAAAAACUUCAGAAUUGAAGUCGAUGAUGCAUUACCAUCAACAACAACAACAACUACAACCUCCUUUAAAAUCAAUCAAUCAUCAAUUUGCCUCAAAUACUCAUGAAGCUAAAUUAUUUAUGUGUAAUGAAGGAAGUACAAUUGAAAAUAGAAAGGAUAGAUUUAAAUCUCAUCAAAAUAACUGUUCAAUUUCUAAUAAUUAUUUAAACAAAAAUCUAAUGAAUAAUCAAAGUCAUAAUGGAAUAUCAGUUAAAAAUGAUCUUUUGAAUAUAAUGAACAUUAAAUUGCAAACAUCUCAUCCAGUUACAAAUCCUCAUACUCAGUUAAUGUACAAAAAUAAUCUUAGUAAUAAUAUAAAUAAAAAUAAUGAACCUGUACAUUUUUAUCAAUCAAAUCCAACCAGAUUUACAAUCAAUUCUCCUAAAACAAUUGCAAAUGGAUUUAAAAUUUCUCAACCAAUUUCAUCAUCUAAUCAUAUGAAUAUACCAUCAACAAUGUGUAAUACUACAAUAAAUCAUUCUGGUGGAUGGGAAAUUAAUUUAAGUUGUAUAAAUAAUAAAUCAUUCCCUACACGUUAUUUAAUUCCUAUAGAUUCAAAUAAAUAUCGGCGACCGAUACGUGAACCCCUUGAUAUAUCUGGCCAGAAUCAAUCAUUUCCCUUAAAUCAGUCUCAUAUGAUACAUUAUUCUCAAACAAUUCCUAAUUCUUGUUACUUAACAAACAAUAAACUAUCUUAUUACAAAUGUCCAAAUGAAUCAAUUCAACAAAGUACCAUGGUAAGUAAGACAAAAAAUAACGAUACAACUGGUAUUCAUCAUUAAAACGAUUCAUUUCAUUGACUAGUAUCAAUUAAAAGUAAUAUAAUGUAAUAUCAUUAUUGUUCUUAUUAUUUAAUUAUUUAUGUUCGUGGCUGUGUGUACAUAAUUUAAACUAGAUAUUUUCACUUAUAACAUAAGAGAUAACGAACAAAAUAUUUUCUUCAUUCUAUAUCAUUCUUAAAUAGUAUUACAUUAAUAAUCCCUUCCCUUAUUCACCACAGUCAUAUUUUGUACAUUCAUAAAUGUUUCUGUUCUUACCUCUGAUUCAUGUUAUAUAGUAAUAUGUUCAUAAACUUGAAAUAUUAUUCUACUCUACUAUAAUGAAAUGAGUAGUUCAUUCUUUCUCUCAAAUAAUAUUUGUAUUUUUUAUGUUUCACAUUAAGUAUAUCGACUAAUCUACUUGUGUUUCUUUUCUCUAUCUAAUUUGAAAAAAACCAAUGUCAAUAUUUAGCAGUUGGAUUCAUGAGUCAAUUGAAGCUAGACC